AUGGAAAGCGAGGGAGGAGGGCGUACGAGUCGGCGGCGGGGCCAGGGCGGAGGAGUUGUGGCUGAGCAACACCGCGGUGGCAGCGGAGGAGGCGGAGGCGGAGGCGGAAGGGAGGUGGCCCCGCUUCAAGUGAUGCUGUCGCAGCAGGUGGAGGCGGAGGUGGCGCACAAGCUCAAGACGCUCGAGGAGCAGCGGCACCAGAAGCUGUGGAUGGCCCAGCGCUGGCGCGAGUACGCCCAGCGCAACCUCGAGCACACCUACGCCUCGCAGGUCCAGCAGGCCCAGGACGAGUACGAGUUCGAGCGCCAGGAGCUGCUCGAACGCCUCAGUGGCAGCCAGUCGGGCGGCCGGGCCGCCAAAGGUGGUCGAGCGGGCCAACGUGGUGCGGCCAACGGGGCGGCAGGCCUCGGCCGAGGCUUCGAUGAUGGACGGCGGCGGAGGAGGCGAUGCCAACGCGCAGCUGCAGGCCAAGCUGCGGAAGCUCAACCGCCCCUGAUCAGCUACACCCUCACGGACGACGAGAUAGUGGAGGACCUCAACAUCAUUUGCAACCGACUGUCGGCCUUCAGCAACGACAUGAAGAAGACCAUGUUCCAGGAGGCGCUCGGAUAUCCGCCGGCACCUUCGCUCCCUCCGCCCAACAACUACCCGCCGGCAUCGCCUCCGCCUUCUUCUUCUUCUACGUCAUCUCCGUCGUCGUCAACUACGCUUCUGCCCAACAACUCGACGAGCCCCUUCUCGCCCUCCGCCUCGCCUCCGCGAACGUCGGCCUUUGCCCACAAGCUCACCACGCCACAACAGCGGGGCGACCCUUUCGCCGCACCCUCCUGA